GGUAGAUUGCCUUUGUCGAACAGAUUGGAUGAUCAUCCGCAGGUGUUGGCUUUUUACUGCCUUUUGCCAGUCCGAGCUGAAGCCUUUGCUGUUCGACAAAAGAGCCUUUGGCCCUUUGAAUGUGGUUUGGACACCCCAGUAGCAACCUGCACUCUCCUGAUCCAGUCUGAGCCGUGCGAGAUGGACUAAAGCCGCAAUUUGUCCAGUUCUUCGUCUGGGAGUCGGAAGGAGGAUUGGGAUGGUCUCAUGUGCACACCCCUAGACUAACUGCAGUGAUGAGUUCAGACGAGAAGGGCAUAUCCCCUGCUCAUAAAACAUCCACUCCGACCCAUAGAAGUGCCUCAACGUCCUCCCAGAGGGAAAGCAGGCAGAGUAUCCACGUUCUGGAGAGGACCACGUCAUCAAGCACAGAGCCCUCCAUCAGUCGGCAGUUGCUGGAGCCGGAGCCCAUCCCCCUCUCCAAGGAAGCUGACAGCUGGGAAAUUAUAGAAGGGCUGAAAAUAGGCCAAACCAAUGUCCAGAAACCAGACAGGCACGAGGGGUUUAUGCUGAAGAAAAGAAAAUGGCCUUUAAAGGGCUGGCACAAGCGCUUUUUUGUCCUGGACAAUGGAAUGCUGAAGUACUCAAAGGCUCCACUCGAUAUCCAAAAGGGGAAGGUCCAUGGGAGCAUUGAUGUUGGACUGUCUGUCAUGUCAAUUAAAAAGAAAGCUCGGAGAAUAGACCUUGACACGGAGGAGCACAUCUAUCAUUUGAAGGUGAAAUCCCAGGACUGGUUUGAUGCUUGGGUCUCCAAACUGCGUCAUCACCGCCUGUACCGUCAGAAUGAGAUUGUGCGAUCGCCAAGAGAUGCAAGUUUCCACAUCUUCCCCGCAGCUUCGACAGCCGAGUCCUCCCCGGCUGCUAACGUUUCUGUUGUGGAUGGAAAGAUGCAGCCCAACAGUUUUCCACGGCAGUCCCCUCUCCCGUGCAGUAACAGCCUACCCGCCACCUGCACAACGGGGCAGAGUAAAGUGGCAGCCUGGCUGCAGGACUCCGAAGAGAUGGAUAGGUGUGCGGAAGAUCUUGCACACUGUCAGUCAAACCUUGUGGAACUUAGCAAGCUCCUGCAAAACCUGGAGAUACUUCAGAGGACUCAGUCAGCCCCAAACUUCACCGACAUGCAGGCUAACUGUGUAGAUAUUUCAAAGAAAGACAAGCGGGUCACCAGACGCUGGAGAACAAAAAGUGUCAGCAAAGAUACAAAAAUCCAACUGCAGGAAGGGCCACCUGCGAAGGGCCAGUUCAACACAAUUCGGCGCCGGCAGAGGCUAGCGGCAGCAGUGGCUACAACAGUUCCCUUCAGCGCCACCAUGUCCCCAGUGCGUCUGCAUUCCUCCAACCCCAACCUCUGUGCAGAUACUGAGUUCCAGACCCCUCCUAGCCACCUCACUGACCCUCUGGAAAGUUCCACGGAUUAUACAAAGCUACAAGAAGAAUUUUGUCUGAUCGCACAGAAAGUGCAUUCUCUUUUGAAGUCUGCAUUUAAUAGCAUCGCUAUAGAGAAGGAGAAGCUGAAGCAGAUGGUUUCCGAGCAAGACCACAACAAAGGCCAUAGCACACAGAUGGCCAGGCUCCGGCAGUCACUGUCACAGGCACUCAACCAGAAUGCUGAGCUCAGGAGUCGGCUGAACAGAAUACACUCAGAGUCUGUCAUCUGUGAUCAGGUUGUCAGUGUAAAUAUUAUCCCUAGCCCUGACGAGGCCAGUGAGCAAAUCCACGUCAACCUCCCUCUGUCACAGCAAGUGGCCAAUGAGAGCCGCCUCUCCAUGUCAGAAUCUGUGUCCGAGUUCUUCGAUGCCCAAGAGGUGCUUCUGUCUGCAAGUUCAUCAGAGAACGAGGCCUCUGAUGAUGAGUCCUACGUCAGCGACGUGAGCGACAACAUAUCUGAAGACAACGCCAGUGUCGCCGACAGUAUUUCUCGGCAAAUCCUGAAUGGGGAGCUCACAGGAGGUGCCUUCAGGAACGGCCGCCGCACGUGCCUGCCUGCUCCUUGCCCUGACACCAGUAACAUUAACCUGUGGAAUAUCCUGAGGAACAACAUUGGCAAAGACCUGUCAAAGGUCUCCAUGCCCGUGGAGCUCAACGAGCCACUCAACACUCUGCAGCACCUCUGUGAAGAACUGGAGUAUAGCGAACUCCUGGACAAGGCCUCGGAGACCGACGACCCCUACGAGAGGAUGGUUCUCGUUGCUGCGUUUGCCGUCUCAGGGUACUGCUCCACCUACUUCAGAGCAGGAAGCAAACCGUUCAACCCCGUCCUGGGGGAGACCUACGAGUGCAUACGAGAAGACAAGGGGUUCCGGUUCUUCUCAGAACAAGUUAGCCAUCACCCACCCGUUUCUGCCUGUCACUGUGAAUCGAAGAACUUUGUGUUCUGGCAAGAUAUCAGAUGGAAAAAUAAGUUCUGGGGGAAGUCGAUGGAGAUCCUGCCGGUUGGAACCCUGAAUGUUACGCUUCCAAAGUAUGGAGAUUACUAUGUGUGGAACAAAGUCACCACGUGUAUACACAACAUCCUCAGUGGGAGAAGAUGGAUCGAGCAUUAUGGCGAAGUGACCAUUAGAAAUACCAAAAGCAGUGUUUGCCUCUGCAAACUCACGUUUGUCAAGGUGAAUUAUUGGAACUCGAACGUGAAUGAAGUCCAGGGCGUGGUGAUAGACCAGGAAGGGAAGGUGGUGCACCGGCUCUUUGGGAAGUGGCAUGAAGGACUCUACUGCGGGGUGGCCCCCUCUGCAAAGUGCAUCUGGAGACCAGGUUCCCUGCCAACCAACUAUGAGCUUUACUACGGCUUCACGAGGUUCGCUGUGGAGCUCAACGAGUUGGAUCCUGUGUUGAAGGACCUCCUUCCUCCCACGGAUGCGCGAUUCCGGCCAGAUCAAAGAUUUUUGGAAGAGGGAAACUUAGAAGCCGCAGCUGCAGAGAAACUAAGAGUUGAGGAACUCCAAAGAUCCCGAAGACGGUACAUGGAGGAAAACAACCUUGAACAUAUACCAAAAUUUUUUAAAAAAGUAAUUGAUGCAAAUCAAAGAGAAGCCUGGGUUUCUAACGACACCUACUGGGAGCUUCGGAAGGACCCUGGGUUUAGCAAAGUAGACAGCCCUGUGCUGUGGUAAACUGGAGACAUAGAGGUAGCUAACGUACCACACUCCGGAUGAAUCAAUAACUAUGCACAAUUACGUUUCUUAUAGCUGCGCGUGGUGUCUGGGUCGACUGAAAACCUCCCAUUUGCUUUUCUAUUCAUCUUUAUAAUGGAUUUUCAAAAGUGCAUUAGACAAGGCUCCUAACCACUUUUGGAUCCUUUCUGUUUUGCUGCAACCAUAUUCCUUAAAAAAUAAAACACAAUUAAAAAAGAAAAGAAAAGAAAACCCAUGCCCUGCUCGGAAAGCAGACUGAAAGAAGGGAGUAUAAGAUCCAAAGGCGGAAGAGCUGGUCAGGAAGAACACACUGUAACCGGUGCUUCACGCGGAUCGGGGAGUGUAAAAUGACAUACUGCUACACAUUUGGUCUGCUGGAUAAAAGCGUCACCCCUACCUUAGAGCUCCUGGGCCGGAGCGGUCGGUUAGGUCAGACCCGAAGUGUUUUUCGAUAAGGUGUGGUCAAAAUAGACGUGAUGCUUCUGGAAACCCAUCCCAUCUUUACAUUGUUCAUGCCUUAAGAAAAUGCAAAGAUGUACAAUAAACCAUUUUUUUAAAAUGUGUGCUCCUAGGUGUAUGUGAAGGACAGAUCGUUAGAAUCCUGGGACGGAUUCACUUUCUCGGUCUGAACAUUGAUUCAGCUGAUAGAAGAAGAUGAGUAAGGAAAAACCCAUUUUCCUUUGUUGAACGAGUUACUGUGUGAUGGAUCUGAAGGGCAAGAGGGCUAAGGGAUGGUACUCUAAGGUCUCUGCGUCCAGGCUGCUCUUUAAGUUCCCGUCCUGUGUCCAGAUAGUAAACCAUCCUUCCUCCAUCUGACCUCCAGUGUGCCCUAGCAUUUGGCAAUGCUGAAUUUUAUUUGGUUACCUGUCAUCAGUGUUAAAACUUGAUUAGGAAGUAACAGAUGUUUGGCGUUUCUGCCUGGGCCGGGUGGUACCACGAAGUACUGUUUUUGAGUGGCACACGAGGCCAUACAGCACAUCCCUGACUCGUGCCCACUCCUUAGCACGGUUCAGAUUUCACAGAGAACAAAAGCUUAUUUGCAUUAUUAUGUAAAUGGAUCCUAUGCAAAUCAUUUUCCUUUUCUAAAGUCAAGCAAUUCCAUAUGAUACAUGGUUACAUAUUAAUCAUCUACCUUGCUAAGGGCAGAAAUAAAAAACUUGGCUAAAAAAAAAAUUUAUCCAUUCCAAAAGUGGGGGCGGGCAAGCUGUGUUUUGAAUUCUUCAGGUUUUGUUUUUCCUCCCUGGGUACACAGAAGUUUUUGUAGGGAGCUUGCAUUAGCAUUCCUAAGUUCCUGCACGUACAUGACUCUAUAAAUGCCUGUAUGUUUAAAAACUAAAUCUCUGUAGGGGGGCUUCCUAGUGAAUUAGAAAAUCACAUAUAUUUUAUUGUCAGAGUUUUAUUCUUAGAUUCUCACCAACUGAAUUUAAGUGCUAUUUUAGACUCUGAUAACAAGGUUAGUGACAUUUUAUAUUUUGUUAAGAGGCACCAAUUUUGGUGUUAUUUCCCCUCAGCAAAGCAUUUCUUAUAAUGGCUAAUUCACCAUUAAACCCAAAGCUGCUUCUGAGAACACGGAGGCAAACUCAGAAUUUCCACUCUGUUUUAAUUAUCCUAACGUUCUUCUUGCGUCUGAGUCCACGUGUCAUGUUCGCAGCUGGCACUCGCUAGAGUGGACUCUCGUUCCCACUAAUUCCCUACACCAGCCAGAGCUUC